AUGGCUUCACCUCGCCACGUCCUCAUCCUCGGCGGCCACGGCAAAAUCGCCCAGCUCCUGACCCCCCUCCUCCUCAAGCGCUCCUGGGUCGUAACCAGCGUCAUCCGCAAAGAGGAACAAGUCCCAACCGUCGAGAAGCUCGGCGCCGGGCUCCCAGGCAAACUCAACGUGCUCGUGCGCAGCAUCGAAGGCGUCGACACGCAGGAAAAGGCAGCGAGCAUCUUGGACGAAGUCAACGCCGAUUACGUUACUUGGAGCGCUGGUGCUGGGGGUAAGUACGGCGCCGAAGGCACAUUCCGCAUCGACCGCGACGCCGCCAUCCACUUCAUCAACGCCGCCGCCGCCAAGCCUUCCAUCAGCCGCUUCCUUCUCGUCUCCUACAACGGCUCCCGCCGCAAAGGUGCCCCCUGGUGGACCGCUAGCGAAUGGGAAGAGUAUAACCAAAAGGUCAACAACGGCCCGCUGGCCACGUACUACCAGGCUAAGCUCCCCGCCGACGAGGUCCUGUACGAGGUUUCCAAGACAAGCCCGACUUUGGUGGGCAUCGACCUGCGUGCCGGCGCAUUGACAGAUGGCCCCGUGGGAAAGGUCGAGCUGGGUAAAACCGAGAAGGUUAUGGGAAAUAUCUCCAGAGAGUCGGUGGCGUACGUUAUAGACAGGGUACUUGCAGCUGAGGGGGUCAAGAGUGGCUGGUUGGAUCUGGUGGAGGGCAAUGUUGACAUCGAUGAAGCUGUUACUGCUGCAAUUCGCGAUGGUGUCGAUGCUGCAGAGGGCGAAGAUUUAUAUGCCAAGUACAAUUAA